UUUAGUACCAGUUUGUAUUUCGUUCGUGACUUUUUGGGAGACCAUUUCCUCAGAAAAUCACAAAAAAAUUAAUUUUCUAAAUAAUUUCCGGGACUUUGACCUGCGACAACUGUAAAAAGCACUGCCAGAAGCUUUUUGGACAUAACCCUCAAUUUCAACUUGAAUUUGCCAAAAAUUAAUUAAAAACAUGUCACUGGACUUGGGAAAUUUGUCAUCCGCCGACAAGGACAACUUGAUGGAACAAGUGCAACAACAAGUUGCCAUCGCAAAUCUCCAACAAAUGGUUUCGACAAUGACGAGCAAAUGUUUCGAGAAAUGCAUCUCCAAGCCCGGCUCUGAACUGGAUUCCAGCGACCAAAAGUGCUUGUCGAUGUGCAUGGACCGAUAUUUUGACACAAUUAAUACCGUUUCGAAGACUUAUACGACGCGGUUGCAACGCGAAAGUGGCAUGCAAUAGAAAUUUCGACCCAUUGGACGGCAUUUAUUCGUUUUUUAUUGUUAAAAAUUACAAAUUAUAUAGAAAAAAAUCGCAUUCACACCGAAAACACACGAAAAAUGAAAUAAAAAGUAGUUAAAAUUAAAGAAAAAUACUGAA